UUUAUCAACCAAGGUAGCAACAGUCUCUCUUCUCCGCUAUUUCUUGUUACCAAAACAGCUCUUUCGUGCUUCUCUCCUUCCUCCCAUUUCAGCCCCUCCCGAAAAAAAAGAGGACGAAAUGGUCAAGAUCUGACUUGAUCUUUGUAUUAAUCCACAGAAAUCCUAUCUCGAAAUCCGAUCUCGUGGAAGACUCACACGGCAAAAAAUAGCCUGUUGAUAUUUUGCCUUCUUUCCAAGUGGUUGAAAGGCCGGCGUUUUGCUUCAGUUGUACUGCGGAUUUCGAUGCCGUGCCUGCCCUUUAGGCUUUUGAGAUCGAGCUGGGGAUCUUCUGUUGCGCUGUAGCAAGCUGUCUGUUUCAUGGCUGACGGUCGCCGUUUGGGGUUGACUCCUCAGUUAGAUAUUGAACAAAUACUUCGGGAAGCACAACAUCGAUGGUUACGCCCUGCAGAAAUUUGUGAAAUUCUACGAAACUAUCAUAAAUUUCGUAUUGCACCAGAGCCACAAAAUAAACCGCCCAGUGGUUCACUCUUUCUUUUUGAUAGAAAGGUGUUGAGAUACUUUCGAAAGGACGGACAUAAUUGGAGGAAAAAAAAGGAUGGAAAGACUGUGAAGGAAGCUCAUGAGAAAUUAAAAGCUGGGAGCGUAGAUGUUUUGCAUUGUUAUUAUGCUCAUGGUGAAGACAAUGAGAACUUUCAGAGGAGAAGUUACUGGAUGUUGGAAGAGGAAUUAAUGCACAUUGUUCUUGUUCACUACCGUGAAGUCAAGGGUGGCAAAUCAAGUUAUCUUCAGCAAAGAGAGGAUGGGGAAUCUGUUAGGAACUCAAAUCCUGGUAGUCCUGCAUGUUCUAAUUCUUCUGUUAAUCUAAGCCAAGUCCCUUCACAGGUUUCAGAUUAUGGAAGCCCUAUUAGCACACAACAUUCAGAAUAUGAAGAUGCUGAUUCAGCAGAUAAUUACCAAUCAAGUUCCAGAUACCACUCUAUCCCUGAGAUGCAGCAGUAUGGAUCUUGGAUGAAUGUUCAACUUGCAAAUACUUGUGCUCCAGCUCCAACGCGGCUUGACCAUUGUGACUAUCCGGGAGUGCAGGCUGCAAUUCCUGAUUUCAAGUCUUUCACUGAUGCUCGAGAUAGUAUGACUAAAGUUGAGAAUCCAUCUGAUGCUGGAUUUACAUAUUCUGGAUUGAGUAAAAAGACGGAUACAGCAUCUUGGCAUGAGAUCAUGGAAAGUUGUUCAACAGAGUUUCAGACCCCUUUUGAUUUGUCUAUUUCUUCCAAGUGGGCUACUACUUCAGAGGAUAAUCCUGAGCGAAAUUCUUUUAUGAAUCAGGAUUUUUUGACAGGUGACAUCAGCACUCAUAAGGAGGAUGGCACAACAUUGUUGAGCAACAUAGUGUGGCAGUUUUCUGAUAAUGAGGCUGGAUCUCUUGUUGCAUCUAGUACUACGGUGGAAAAUAGCCAUGCUACAGAAGAAAGUUUCAACCAACCAUCAGACCUAUCUAACAAAAAAAGUGAAGGACUGACUAAAAAUGACAGCUUCUCUAGAUGGAUGAGCAAAGAACUUGGAGAAGUGGAUAACUCACAGAUUAACUUGAAUUCUGGACUAUUUUGGAGUUCCCUUGAAAGUGAAAGUGUUGUUGCAGACUCUAACUUGUUGAACCAAGAACAGUUAGAUGCAUAUUUGAUGGGCCCCUCACUAUCGCAGGAUCAGCUUUUUAGCAUAAUUGAUUUCUCUCCAAACUGGGCAUACGCAGAUCUUGUCACUAAGGUUAUAGUUAAGGGAAGAUUUUUGGUGAAUGAAGAGGAUUUGCAGAAAUACAAGUGGUCUUGUAUGUUUGGUGAAAUUGAAGUGCCAGCAAAUAUUUUGGCAAAUGGAACUCUGUGUUGCCAUGCUCCACCACAUAAGUCUGGAAGGGUUCCAUUCUACAUUACCUGCUCAAAUAGAGUGGCCUGUAGUGAGAUUCGAGAGUUUGAAUAUAAGUUGAAUUUGCCACAAAUUGUAGGAACCAACGAUCUUUCUAACUCUACACUGCUGUCACGUUUUGAAAAGUUAUUGUUAUUGGAUUCUGUGGAUUACUUAAUUCCUGAUUGUGGUCACCUCAAUGAGAGAUCUCAUGCGGAUUGUACUAUUUGUUCUCUGAUUAUGAAAGUUGAUGAUGAAGUUAUUGACUUAUUCAAGCACAACCCUGAUGAAGACUUGUUGCGCAUUGCUACCAAAAACAGAGCUCUAGAAUCACAAAUGAAACGGAAACUACAUUUGUGGCUUCUUCAUAAAGUAGGGGAGGGUGAUGGCAAGGGUCCGAAUGUGUUGGACAAGGAGGGGCAAGGUGUACUUCAUUUAGCAGCUGCUCUUGGUUAUGAUUGGGCUAUAAAACCCACAGUAGCUGCUGGUGUUAAUAUCAAUUUCAGAGAUGUUCAUGGCUGGACUGCCAUGCACUGGGCAGCCUUUUGUGGAAGAGAGAGAACAAUUGUCACUCUCAUUGCAUUGGAUGCAUCCCCAGGAGCAUUAACAGAUCCAACCCCAGAGUUCCCCACUGGAAGAACUCCUGCAGAUUUAGCUUCUCAGAAUGGGCACAAGGGGAUUGCUGGUUUUCUGGCAGAAUCCUCUUUGACUAACCAUCUUCGAGCAUUGAAUUUGAAGAACUCUGAAAACCAAAAUUUGUCUAAACCUUAUGGUUUAUUGGGUUUUGAAAAUGUUUCAGAUAAGAUUAAUGCUCAUUAUUUAGAGGGGGAAAUACAGACUUCACUAAGUGCUGUCCGAAAUGCUACUGAAGCUGCAGCGCGUAUAUUUCAGGUUUUUAGAGUGCAGUCAUUCAAUAGAAAGAGAAUCGUUGAGCAUAGUGAUGAAAAAUAUGAGAUGUCAGAUGAACGUGCUCUCUCACUAAUUUCUCUAAAGCCUUACAAAUCAGGGCAACAUGAUACGCCUGUACAUGCUGCUGCAAUUAAAAUACAAAACAAAUUUCGUGGCUGGAAAGGGCGAAAGGAGUUCUUGAUUACUAGACAGCGGAUUGUCAAAAUUCAGGCCCAUGUCCGUGGUCACCAAGUGAGGAAACAUUACAGGAAGAUUAUCUGGUCGGUGGGAAUAGUUGAGAAAGUUAUAUUACGCUGGAGGAGAAAAGGAAGUGGCUUACGUGGCUUUCGAUCUGAAGAGCUAAUUGAGGGACAAAAAAAUGAAAGGGUACUCAACAAGGAAGAUGAUUAUGAUUUCUUGCAAGUGGGCAGGAAACAGACUGAAGCUAGAAUGGAGAAAGCACUUGCAAGGGUGAAGUCCAUGGUUCAGUAUCCUGAGGCAAGAGAUCAGUAUAGGAGACUUGUAACCGUAGUGACAGAACUGCAAGAAUCUAAGUUGAUGCAGGCUGAUUCUCAAAAUGAAAUAAGCGGACCAUCUGAUGCUGAUUUCAUGAUGGAGCUUGAAGGAUUAAUAGGCGAUUACGACAUUAUGCCGAAUCAAUCGUAACCGUUUGAUAAAGCCGUCGAUCAUAACAGUUUGACAUAGUUUGUUGAUGUGCUGUAAAGCUUGCUUUCUGUUUGUCCUUGAGCUGCUAUUGUAGAUGAUAUAUAUGUAUCCUUUGAUAUCAUCAUACCUGCUGCGUAUAUUCUAUGCAAUUUUCAUGCUUCUUGGAGUAAUACUGUUAGAUAUAUAGGAACUGGACUGGUUUUUGUAUAUAGGAGGUUUAAUACUGGUUGGUUAUCAAAGACUAGAUUCAAUCCGUGUUC